AUGCCUACAACUUCACAUUCAAGUCCUCCAGCGGAAGUUGGCUGUCCUAUCCCAGCAAACACACCACACGCUAUCUCUGUAGCGCUUCCAAAGUGGCAAGAUAAUGUAGACUACGAAGAGGGUCGUGAGAGAGUUGUAAAUCGAAUGUUAACAGGGUAUCCAAGGUUUUUUAUUAAUAAACAAAUCGAGAAGUUAAUGUCGACAUGUGAACAAAAAUUUGCAAAACCAUCCGAGUCAUGUUUGUUGUAUCCUAGUCGUAAAACUGCAGAACGUUGUCGAGAUUACUUACGCCGAUACUAUGAGCUUAGUAAUUCCGCUAGUCUUCGUUUAGCCGAAUUCACCGUUGUAACACCAGAUCGAAACAAAUUAUUGAUUCAAGGCAAUAUCACAUUGCAUGUAGUUCUUUUUCCAAAAGACGCAUUCUCUGUGGCAAAGACUUUUUGGCAACAUACAGGAGAUGGUAUUAGUUCCCGAUUAGCUGAAUAUGCUCUUAAUAUACUGCAAACAAAAUUCAAUGAACAGUACACAAAAAGCUUUAAUAAAGUUUUUACGAAAAGAGCUUCAUUUUGUAAACGAUAUUCCAAUGGACAAAUAUCGAAUCUAGCUUGUGAACCUAAGGAAACUUUAUCCACAGAUAUUUCAUUGAUUGACAACUCUAAUUUUAUUGAGCAGAACUUUUAUGUUGAAGAACGUUAUGGUCGCAAUUUACCUAUAUCAUUUAAUGAAAAGGCAAAAAUUGAACUUAGGCGAAGAAUUGCUAGUAGCAUAAGAAUUGAAGAGAGCAAGGAUGGAUCUGUUCUAACUGAACGAGUGGAAAAAAACGUAACAGAAGAUGAUGUUUUUCUUUUCCCAAGUGGAAUGAGUUCCAUCUUCCAUGCUCACCGAUUUUUAUUGACGGCAUUUUCACAGAGAAAAAGUAUCUGCUUUGGGUUCACAUAUGUUGAUACCUUAAAAAUUUUGCAAAAAUUUGGACCGGGAUGUUAUUUUUAUGGUAAUGGUUUGUCAUCAGAUAUAGAUGAGAUAGAAAGUCUUCUCGAAUCAGGAGAAAAGAUUUUAGCACUAUUUUGUGAAUUUCCAAGUAAUCCACUAUGUAAAUCGCCAGAUUUGAGGCGUCUUAGAAUUCUUGCGGAUAAGUAUGAUUUUCCGAUUGUAGUAGAUGAAACAAUCGGAAAUUUUGUCAAUGUUAAGGUUUUUGAGUGGGCAGAUAUUAUUGUAUCAAGUUUAACCAAGAUUUUUAGUGGAGAUAGACGCUAUUAUGAGGAGCUGAAAAAAGUUAUAAAUAAUGAAUAUGAGGACCUUUUAUGGGGGGAAGAUGCAGUUUUCCUCGAACGUAAUUCGAGAACUUUCAGAGAACGUAUUAUGAAAAUCAAUGAAAGUACAGAGGAAAUAUGUGAAUUACUUAGAAGUAGUCCUAAAGUCAGAAAAAUUUACUAUCCAAAAUAUGUUACACCCGACAUCUACCUUCAAUAUAAAACGGUUAACGGUGGAUUUGGUGGAUUAUUCUCAAUUACUUUCCAUUCAGAUCUUGCAGCUCAACAAUUUUUUGAUUCACUUGUAAUUGCUAAAGGACCAUCUCUUGGUACUAAUUUCACUUUAGCGUGCCCUUAUACAAUUUUAGCGCAUUAUCAUGAAUUAGAUUGGGCAUCACGUUAUGGUGUUGAACCAGGUCUUAUUCGAGUGAGCGUAGGCUUAGAAGAUAAAAAUGAUUUGUUAAAAAUGUUCCAACAAAGUCUAGAUGCCAUUACUGAAUAG